UUGUAUUUGCUAAACAGUUCAGAACGAAGGCAGCUGCUUGGACUUUCAAGGCUCUUUGUCGGAGUACUAACCUUGGAACCAAACAGGAAAGCUAGUAAUAGCAUUAAAAUGUAUAUAAAACGAACAAAAAUUGAUAAAAGUACUAGUUUAGUUUCGGUUUUCUACCUUUAAAAUAACGUUCCAUAUUUGAGGCAACCUUUGGAACAAACUUCAAAGGUUCCCAACCUUUAGAAGUACUCACUUUCAGUCCUUACUUUCACUUUCGUCAUGUUUCUGAUUUGGCGCUGGCGUCCCAUUUAUUGUCUGAUCUAUGGACCAAAGAGCCAGGAAACACGUAAGCUUAAGCGUGUCCGGGGCAUGUUUAGCUUUGUGAUUGGUCUGAUCUCUGGCUACCUGUUGUGGACGCUGUUAACCCUGAACUUUAGCCUGUCCCGGAAAGGCAUGAGUUCGACUUUGCUUACGGCUUUGGUCCUGCUGACGGCCAUACUUUACGCCUUGAGCCGCGGCAUCCGAACCGUGGUCCUGCUCACCUUUGUCCAGCUGGCGGGCAGGGCGGGCACCUUGUACCUGCGCGCCAUGGCCUUUGCCUUGAUUAUUGCCGGACCCAUCGAGAAUCUGGUGUCCAAUGCCGAAGAGGUAUCCCGUGUGUUUGUCUGCAGCACAAUGCUCACUUACAAUCUGUCCAAGACACGCUUUGACCUAAUGGCCAAACCCUUUACGAACACCCUGAAGAACAUGGACAGGGAUGUGGACGAGAUCCGGCAGACUUUCGAGGAGCUGCAGGGUGUGCUGGGCGAUCUAAAACGUGCCGUCGAGCAGUCCGAUAUACCCGACGAGAGCGGAGAGACAAGGAUGCAUGAGGUUAAUAUCACAAAUCCGGCGGUGGGAAGAGAGCUGCCCACAGCCAGCGAGAUGCAAGAGCGCUUCAAACUAAACAUGAUGAAUCGAUGCAAACAUCAGCUGGACAGUGGCCAGCGUGUCUGCGAGAAGGUUUUCCGGGAGGGAUACCGCAAGUGCACCACCAACUUCCAAUGGUGGGUUGCCAAGGUCAUUUGCUGGCCAUAUCGUGUGGACAUUAUCUGCGAGGUGGAUGUCUUUGGUGAUCCGGACAAGAUCUGUGAUCCCUCGCAGGUGAUACCUCGCAAUUUCGGGGAAACCUAUGUGGAAUUGCUGCGCACCGAGCAGGAGCUCUUUGACAACAGUUCCGAGAUUGUGAUUAGCUACAAACUGCGGGACGAGGAGAUGGCCAAGAGCCAUCUGAGAUCCGCUGAACGCACUACGGAGGGCUUCACCGAGGAGUUUAAGCGGCAUCGCAGGACCUUUAACAGAAUCAUGAAAGUGUUUGAGAUGUUCCUUUGCCUGUUCAUACUACGUGUACCCUUCUAUUCGCUGAGAUACUACUUCUGGUAUCUGGAAAAUGUGGACUUUGAUAAUCUGUAUAUCACCAACUAUUUCAAGCACGUCGAUCAGCGGCUCAAGAAGAAGCGAAAUGUCUCAAUUCUACCGCUGCGCACCUACGAAAAGGUGCGUUACAUCGACUCCAAAAGCUUCUGCUCCCGAUCUUCCGAAGAGGUUAACAAGGUGUUUUACACCCAGCUUCGUUUCGCCCUGGAAUUGGUCUGCGCUUCCAUUUUCUUACUUUUCGAUCGGAUAGUUGUCGAUCUGUUGCAGAUUAUCCGCCAGCGAUCACUGGUCAGAUAUGACCAGAGGGGUGAGCAUGAGGUGCGCUUUAAUAUCACCGGCAUAGGGAAAAUGGCCCAAUUGCUGCGCGUCACGAUGCACAACUUCAAUAUCCACGAACAUGUCGCCACAUCGCUGAGCAACGAGGAGUGCCUGCCGAAACCCCAUGUCCUGCCCUGGAGCUUCUACCAUUGGCUGAUGCUCCUCUAUUUGGCCAUCUUUGUGGUGGUCUGCUAUUCGCAUACAUUCCUUCGCAUGCGGCGUGUCAUUUGUGGUUACUUUUACGAGAAGCGCGAGAAGCAGCGCAUCCUUUACCUUUACAAUCGCAUCCUGCGUCUGCGGGCCCUGGCACUGCAGAACCUGGUGGAGGAUGUGGAGACUAAUCUGGCCAAGUAUAAGGUUCAUAGGCAUUUGAAUCCGUUGCUGCGUCUCCGCUCGGCCUGGCCGCAGGCCUUCUCCUGGCUGCGUUACUUCUCCUGGGGCCAGCUGAACUGCCUGGUCUGCUGGGAUCCGGAGGACCAGAGUUUCAUUCUGUGCCACAAUUGCGGUGUGCCCUAUUGCGACGUCUGUACCGAGGAAAUGAAUCACGUGUGCAUCAAUUGCGAGGCAGUACUCACCAUGCACCACGGUGUGGUUAUAGACGAUGAGUCCAGCAUUGAUGUGUAUGUCCACAGGAAGCGAAAGUGAUCGAUUUUGGUAUCCUUUUACAUGUUCAAUUCAAUAC